AUGUUCAGUGCGAGCGUUCUGAUCUAUCCACGUCCGCUGUCAAACUCCCUUAUCCAGACCUAUGAUUAUGCAUGUUCAUUUCAUGAGUGGACAUUUUUGCUUCGAUCGCACUGGAGCAAGAUGAAAGGCUUGUAUAUUUUUACGCGAUACCUGCCCUUUAUCAUUCUCGCCGUGGAUCUACGCAUGAGCCUCACCCCGAGUGAGAAUUCAAGUACAUGCGAGAUGUUGCAAAAUGUUAAUUCAGGCCUUGGCAUUGUAAUAGCAACGUUUUUUAUCCUCAGAACAUAUGUGCUCUGGGACAAGAAUAGAAUCUUGCUCACAGCCAUGCUGUCGAACUUAUUGUCUUUUCUCAUAGCAUCCUUCAUCAUUGUCUUUGCCAUCAACACCCCUGCAGAAUAUGCGACUAGCCCGAUCCCGGGCAUCGCAGGGUGCUACCUGAGUUCGACCAUUUUCUUGUAUUUUAUACCAUCUCUUCUUCUUUCCAUUUUCCAACUGGGAUUCUUGAUACUCACGCUCAUACGCGCCAUACAGGACUGGCCGACAAACACGAGCCGUCUGUACGUUGUCCUGGUAAACCACAACAUAGCCUAUUAUGCAUGUGGUUUUCGUGAGUGCGUGAAUAUAUCAAAUACCCUUUUUGACCGAGCAUUGAUGCUCUGCGCCCCAGUCUUGAUUCUUGCAAGCCUCGCCACGCGCAUGCAUCUCCAUCUCUGGCAGGUGAAUCAACAUCCACGCGAUGGCGCCCUAGUUUCAAUGUCCGAUAUCUCAUUUGAUCCCAUGGCAUGAUGUCGUAUCCUGUG